CUCGCAAACACACCCACGACAUGUCGACAAAGGACAACGCAAACCCCAUCGUGCACCGUCCUGCGGGUCACGCAACUGCCAAGUCCACUACUGCUUCUACCUCUACCGAAGACUGGUGGCGCGACGAGGCGAUCCAUCUUCCUGACACUUCCUAUUCAAAGAAGCAGGGGAUCGCUGCGCUUGAUGAGGGAGAUGAUGAUGGUAUGGACGAGGAUGAUGUCAAGGAGAAGAGGGAAGAAAUUGAUGCUGAAGAGGUCUUUGACCUGAUCCGCUCAAUCAACGACCCAGAGCAUCCUCUCACUCUCGAGGAGCUAGCAGUAGUCAAUGCCUCACACAUCACAGUCACACAUCCAGACGACUAUCCAGGAGCGCCUCGAUACCCCGCUGUGCGCAUGGAGUUUACGCCUACAAUUCCACAUUGCUCCAUGGCCACGUUGAUUGGUCUCUCCCUCCGUGUCCGUCUCCUACACGCCCUCCCCCCUUCCUACAAAGUCGACAUCUCCAUUCGCCCAGGAACACACCAGUCGGAAAACAGCAUCAACAAGCAGCUCAAUGACAAGGAACGUGUUGCUGCUGCUCUAGAGAAUGAGCAUUUGCUAGGAGUAGUGAGGGGAUGUUUAGAAACGGCGCAGAGGAGGGGUAGAAGUGAAGAGGAGUGGACGAAAAAGGCUGAAGAGGUGGCGAGACAGAUUGGGGUUAGUGCUUAGAGGAUGCGGAGGAGAUCAAGGCAGCCAGAGCAUAGGUAUAGAUGGGGUUCCCUUUAUUGUAUAUCACUAGUUGUACACAAUUUCUCAUUCACAGCAAUCCAAAACAUUUAGAUUCAC